AUGGCGUCAACAGCGAGUGCAGGACCGGUUGACAGAAGUCGGCAGUCGGCUAUGAUAGCUGUCUCUGUGAUUUUCACUUUCUUUGGAUUGGCUGCUUUGAUCCUCAGAUUAAUCGGUCGAUUCGUUAUAACUCGAAGACUCGGCCCAGAUGACUGGUUCAUGGUAGCUGGAAUGAUCUUCACUCUUGGCUACCUCAUUGAGAUUCUUUAUGGUUUGAAGUGGAACAUUGGACUUCAUGGGUCAGAGGACAGCUUGAAUGAUGCCGUCCAUCUCUUACAAAUUGUUUACUCCAUCCAGCUUACUUACAACACUGUCAUCUAUCUUGUUAAAACUUCCAUCGUAGUCUUUUACCUGCGACUUGCAACCGUAGAUAGCAGCCUCCGCAAAUCAUCUUUAGCAGUUGCCGCUUUUCUCACCCUCUUUUAUAUUAGCAGCCAAACCACUACUACUUUACAAUGUCUGCCCGUACAGAGCAACUGGGACUUAGUUGGCAAGUACACCAAGAAAUGCAUUAACACAGAAGUAUACUUUUAUGUACUUGCGGUACUCAACAUCAUUGUAGAUAUUGUUAUUCUAGCACUUCCCAUCAACACUCUCAAAGACAUGAAAAGAGGGACAAGAGACAAGGUUGUCUUGUUCAUACUUUUCGGCGUCGGAGGCUUCUCAAGUAUCUCGAGUAUUAUUCGAUUGUACACAAUCAAAGUCUUCACAGAUAGCAAGGAUCCGUUCUGGGAUGGAGUUCCUAUCAACAUUUGGUCGAUGAUUGAGAUCAAUGUGGCAGUGAUCUGCGCUUCUGUUCCUGCCAUGAAACCCCUCUUCACAAAGUCGAUUCGCGAUCGGGCCGUCACCCAAAGAACACAGCGAAGCUACAAUCACCAAAUGAUGCCUUUGAGCGGCGAGGAGAGAAGCGGCAGCGCUCUGCGCUCCGGCAGAUUCAGGGACAGAAAGGAGCCUACAUAUUCUGCACAUGCAACAGGUGGCACUAUGGGAGGCAGCGAGGAACACAUUGUUGGAAAACUUGGUGGCAUUGAGUACGAAAGGGAAUUCACGGUUGAAGAGUCAUACAUCGGUUCGUCGAAGGUUUUGCCGCAAGCCAAAUUGUCUUCGUCGGAAAAGAGCAUGCGAUCAUAA